UGGUCACACCGACCUGCAUAACAUAUUUCCAUACAAAAUAUUUUAGAAAUUAGGAAUUCUAAUUAAUAGAAUAAAUGUUGCGUCGAGGGUUUUUAUCUGGAGUACGCCACGCCCUUUGGAGUCGGCAUAUGUCGGUGGUAGCCAAAUCCCUAAAGUACACACAACACGGCGAGCCACAAGAUGUGUUGCAGCUGGUGGAAGACAAUCUUCCAGAUCCCAAGGACAAACAAGUGCUGGUGAAGAUUCUAGCGGCUCCCAUUAACCCGGCCGACAUCAACACCAUUCAGGGUAAAUACCCGGUGAAGCCUAAGUUUCCAGCCGUUGGCGGCAACGAGUGUGUUGCGGAGGUUAUCUGUGUGGGAGAAAAUGUUAAGGGCUUGGAGCCAGGACAGCAUGUUAUUCCAUUGGCAACCGGUCUCGGCACCUGGACUACACACGCCGUCUAUAAGGAAGAUCAAUUGAUGGCUGUGUCCAAGAAAGUUGGUUUAGCGGAAGCUGCCACUUCGACGGUGAACCCCACCACCGCCUACCGCAUGCUCAAGGACUUUGUGCAGCUUUGUCCGGGAGACACGGUUAUCCAGAAUGGAGCCAACAGCGCAGUCGGCCAGGCAGUGCAUCAAUUGUGCCGAGCCUGGGGCAUCAAUAGUGUGGGAAUCGUUCGCGAUCGGCCGGAGAUUGCUGAUCUCAAGCAGAUGCUGCAGUGCCUGGGCGCCACUGAGGUACUGACCGAGGCCGAGAUUCGCACCAGCGACAUCUUUAAGUCGGGCAAGUUAAAGAAGCCUCGCCUGGCCUUUAACUGUGUGGGUGGAAAGAGUGCAACGGAGGUGUCUCGUCAUCUGGACAACGCUGGCGUGUUGGUCACUUAUGGAGGCAUGUCUCGUGAGCCUGUUACCGUGGCAACUGGACCCCUCAUCUUCAAGGACAUUGCAUUUAGAGGCUUCUGGAUGACUCGGUGGUCUAAAGAAAAUUAUAGCUCCCCAGAACGCUCGAAAAUGUUUAAGGAAAUUUUUGAGCUGAUGGAGCAGGGAAAGUUUGUUGCCCCUACCCAUGAGAUGGUGCCCUUAAAUAACUUCAAAGACGCCGCUGCCGCUGCCCUGAGCUUCAAGGGAUUCACCGGCAAGAAAUACAUCCUUGAUAUGAGCACUUAGAUGCGCAACAUGAGAGGCUAAGCCUUUAUUUGUAUGUACAUAUAUUGGAUAAUUAAAUUGUUAUCUACUGUGAUACAACUCAGACCA